AUGCUGAAGCUCUGGCCGUCUGGACCAUCGGCUGCUGACGGGCAGCUCACGCCCCGGGCAAGCGAUCGCAAGAGCCCGAAUCCAUUCGAGGCCUCGCUCACCAACCUGAACCCGACCCCGAUGGCGAGCACAGCCCCGCGCACGCCGACCGUAAUGCACCAUCUGCUCAAGACCCAGGACAACAACCACGAUACCACCCCAUUGGCCACACCCUCUCUGGGACUCCCAGCCGCGGCACCGACUACACAGCUAUCGCUCAAUCCGCCGGAAUUCAAGCUGAAAUCCGCACCUCCACUGCGCCGGAACCACUCGCAUACGCCGUCGAUCAAGGAAAAGGACGCCCAGGCCGCGGGUGCAUCCUCCAGGGGACAGCUCCAUGUCAAGCUCAUUGCCGCCCGGGGGCUCAACGUAUCCUCUGCGCGCGCACGGCCCUAUGUCGUUGUGCAGUUCGAACAGAGCGAGUUUGUCAGCCGUGAUCCUAUCGCCGAGUCCGAUGCCCCCGUCCGCGGUGUCCCAGCUGUCCUUUCCCGCGUCAACUCGGCCGUCAAUGUCACCGCUGCUGCUGCUGCCGCCGCCGCCGCAGGGAGCGGACUGGCCCGUGUACUCGCUGCCAACACAUCCGCAUCUUCCGUCGCCUCCGGAUCUUCAAACGGUCUUGGCACCAUGUCCACACACAACCCCGUAUGGAAGCACGAGGUCGCGUUCGACGUCACUCAGGAAAAUACAACAAUAACCUUUACAGUCUAUGACAGACAAGAAGAAGACGAAGCCUUUCUCGGCAUGCUCGAGAUGAAGCCGGUCCUCAAACACGAGCACACGGUUGAUCAGUGGAUCAAGCUACGACCCAGAGAAUCGGAACCCGUAACAGGCGAGAUACGAGUCCAGAUUACAUAUGAGCAGUUCCAGACUCGACGCGCCCUCACCCCGCGCGAUUUCGAGUUUUUGAAGCUCAUCGGUCGCGGUACAUUCGGCCGUGUCUUCCAAGUCAGGAAAAAAGAUACCAAACGCAUCUAUGCCAUGAAAGUCCUUUCCAAAAAGGAAAUUGUCGCCAAGAAAGAGGUCGCACACACCAUUGGUGAACGCAAGAUCCUCCAGCGCUCGCUCGAAUCGCCCUUCCUCGUCGGCCUCAAGUUCUCCUUUCAGACCGAUACCGAGCUCUACCUCGUCACUGAUUUCAAAUCGGGAGGCGAGCUAUUUUGGCAUCUCCAGCGUGAGACGCGCUUCUCUGAAGAGCGCGCACGAUUUUACAUUGCUGAGCUUGUCCUGGCGCUGGAGCAUCUGCACAAGUACGAUAUCGUCUACCGGGACCUAAAGCCCGAGAACAUCCUUCUCGAUGCAACGGGCCAUGUCGCCCUGUGCGAUUUCGGCCUGUCCAAACCGGAUCUCCCGAGCGGCCAGCUCACCAACACUUCUGCGGAACCACCGAGUAUCUCGCCCCAGAAGUCCUCCUCGACGACCACGGUUAUUCCAAACUCGUCGAUUUCUGGAGUCUGGGCGUCCUCUUGUUCGAGAUGUGCUGCGGCUGGAAUUAGGUUCCCGAGGGGUGUAAUCGGUGAGGACGGGAAACAAUUUGUUAAAGGGCUACUCAACCGAAACCCGAAGCACCGUCUGGGUGCACACCGCGAUGCGGAAGAACUCAAAGAGCACCCAUUCUUCAAAAAUAUCGACUGGGUCGCGCUCGCUCAGAAACAAGUCCCCCCGCCGUUCAAGCCGUCUGUCGAGUCGGAUGAAUCAACGGCCUGCUUUGAUCCCGAGUUUACGAGUGCGGAUUUGAAAGAGACCGGAGUCGACGCGUUGAUGGAUGAAGAUGACCCGUCGGACCAGUGGGUCGCUUCCGUGGUGCUCAUAAUGGCCGACCGAGUUUCAAUGGGCCGAACGGGGGUCAAGGGGAUGGAAAUCACGAACAAGGACGCUGCGAAUAAAAAGGCCCAGCGAGAGAGGGGUAGCCCGUUGACCAAGUCGAUCCAGGAGAACUUUAGAGGGUUUACAUAUUCCGGCGAAAGCGUGGUUGCUGCCGCCGCCGGAGUCCUGGGGAAAGACUUUGACGAGGACGUAGAAGAAGAGGACGAGGAGAAGACGGAGACGAUGCUGGGACGGAUAGCGAAUGGGAGGACGAGAGUCCUGCAGGACGGUAUAGCGGGGCGAAGCGGACGAAAAAGGGAGAGGAUGGAUUCUGCGGCGGCUUUAUUUCGAAUCGUCAGGCCAAAGAGUGCAAGCCUGGCGGGAGCAUUCUUGACAAACUACCGCAGUGCCCGGAACUUUUCCAGCUACUAUAGCCUUGCCACCCCGAACCGUGUCAUGUCCGAUCGGCAUAACGGGGACUAUCCCGGACAAGUCUUUUUCGGAGUCCACAAGGGGAAACGACAGUGUAUCGAGCCGACAUAUCAGAGCCUUAUGAAAAACGUCCAAGGUUAUCCGGAUGCGGUCUACAAGGCGUUUAUGAACAAGGCUCACGCGGAUGAGUUUUCCAAGACGGGAAAGGUACCUCGCGGAGCUGUGCCCGUUCAGCCGGGCGCGUCGUCUUCGUCUUCAUCCUCGUCCUCGUCGUUGUCGAGAACGUUGUCGUUGAGCGCCCCGCUUGCUGGACCGAGCUCGAGUCUGAGAUCUGAUAGUCUCAAGCCCAAUGUGGUUUCGAUGAGUGCGAGUGCGAGUGCGCAGAGUGGACCGAGCACGAGUCUUGUGUCGGGUGGGAGCGCUGGGUCGAGUAGACAGCCAACAGCUACCAAAUCAAACGGAGGCAAGUUUGCGUCUCUUAUCGUGGUACGCCUACGCCUGUUGGUAGCAAUAAAUCCACAUCCAUCAAUACCGCUCGAAAUGCGAGCACAUCAGCUUCCUCCAACAGGGCAAAAUCGAAGUUGGACCGACGGUUCGUGUUUGAGCAAUGGUAGGGAGAACGCGGCUGCUGCAUAUGCUGUGUACUUUGGACCGGAUGACCCAAGAAACGAGGCCGCUCGUGCACCUGGAAAGCAGACGAACAAUGUUGGCGAGAUCUAUGGAGUGAUUCGAGCACUUGAGAUUGUCGAUGAGGGUGCGAAGCAUUUGGUCAUUUACACUGACUCCAAGUACACUAUUGAGAGCCUUGGGUGGCUUCCUGGUUGGAAAAAGAGAGGCGGGAUGAACUCGAGUAAUAAGCCGGCCAUGAACUAUUCGAUGAUCAAGUACAUGGACGCCCUCAUGGCUCGGCGCGGAGACCGGGUGGAGCUCGUUCACGUCCGCGGGCACCAAAAUGACGCUGGCAAUAAUGCGGCCGACUUGAUGGCGCGAGCUGCUGCCACUAACCCUCACGUCCCACCUGCCAAGGACUGGGAACUCGAGUGCAUCAAUCUACAGAAGAAACCCUUGGUGUCCGUCACUGGUAGUCCCAAGAUUACGGCAGUCGACUCGCCUCUAGUCAAAAUCGAGGCUCAGGACGAUGAUAGUGACUACGGCUACAGCGAUAUCGAGCUGGAUGGCGCUGAAAUUGACGGUGUAGACUCGCCUUUGAAUCAGUACCUAUCCGACGACACCCGCGCAACUUCCUUCUCCAACGAAGAGAAACCGGUCACUGGGAAAAAGCGAGCCCGCGAUGAGCCUGUUCAGGAAGUACCGGAUAGCGACACUGAGCGCAAAACAGCGAGGAAAAAAGCCAAGGAACAACCCGUGAAAUGCCCAAGCUGCAGGCACAACUUUACUGUCACUCUUCGAAAAUAA